AUGGCGCAGCGAAAUCCGUUUCGCGCGCGGGCGCCAAAACAGCCGAAACGAGCGCGCCUUGACUUUGAUGAGCCCUGGGUUCGGGGGGAGCUAGGGGUUGGGGUGGCGGUAGUGCCCGUGUCCGCAUCAUUAUCACCAUCGUCAUCCUCAUCGCCGCCGCCGCCGCCACCAUCAGCACCAGAAGCACCAGAAGCAGCAGCAACAAAAACCGAGGUGAAGGAUGUAGUGGUUUCGGGCUCGACCGAAAAGGCUCUGCAGGGUCCUGCUGCAGCUGUGAGCGCUGCUGCCACAAGGGUGCCGAGCGUACCACUUACCACUGGGGACAAUGCACCAGUCUCGUCGCUUGAGACCAGCCGUCAGUCCUCCGUGCCUGGACACAACCAACCCCGGGCAACAUUUGUAGCCCCAGCCAGCCCUCCGCCGCCAGCUGCCAGCCCACCCGGCUCAACCCCAGGGACCCCCGAGUUGUUUGGCCCCUCACAGCGGCAAUUCGCUCCUCCACGCCACAGCCCCCGUCGUAGCCCCCGCCACAGCCCUCUAAGGCGCCCCACAGAGCGAAAUCGGCCCGUCCCCGUUCCUUCGGGCGCCACGGGCCCUCGAGUCACCCUCAGCGCCCGCUUGUCUUCACCCGAGCAGCGGCCCGCACAGAGUCGCAUCAACCCGCACCUGCAAAACAUUUCCCCCGUCAGCCGACAGUUUGCACUCCAUGAACAGCGCAUGCAGGCUCUUUCGCAGCGCACCGCCACCGUAGAGGACGUAAAAGCCUCAAAGCCUUUUGGAUCUGAGCACGGCGCUGACAACAGCCACGCAAACGCACCCUCGCAAACGCAGGUACAAGGGCGCCCACGGAGCUGGCUGGCCUUGCUCUUCCUCUCGACCGUACCACCUCACCUCAUGACACUCGCGCUGGUCCUCUUAGAACAUGGCGAAUCAGCUUUGGCUGAUCCCUCCACGGAUCACCUCACAAUGAGCUGGCUCUCGAGUGGACUCGACCCGCGACUCAUGAAUAGUGUCCAACUGUCCUCGUCAGUUGACAUGCCAAAUGUCACCCAUGAUCGCGACACCGCCGUGAAUGCAGUGCUGCGUCGCCUCGGCGGGUGUCCAACCGAGGAUGCCAGCCUGGCCACGGCGCUGCUGCAAGCCUCCCAUACGUAUGCUUUUCCACCCCUCGACGAACUUCAGAGUGCCGACGACAAAGAGCCCGCUCCAACUUCGGCGCUUGGCUCAGCUGCCGUGGUUUAUGGCGCCGACAGCAUCCAUGCACUGGGCAAUCUACUGCUCAAUCGCCACUAUCUCAGUGAUUCUGCCAUCAAGCAAACCAUCCCGCCGCGUCUCGUUGCCGACGUACCCUUCCUUCACGCCCAGCUUCAGUUGCCAACCCUGACAUAUCGGGAGAGUGCAAUGAGUGGAGAUGCCUCCAAGACUCGUCGCUCACGCAAGAUACCCGCAACAAUCACGAUGCAGGGAUUCUUCACGCCCAUGGCCUGGCUGCGGUACGAGACCUAUCGGUCGUGGCUUGUCGCUGAAAGACGCGCCCUGCCGUUCCCCCAUUAG